GUCCCACAUUACACAAAAACACAAGAGGUGUUCCAACCAGAAGAUGUGGCGCGAGACAUAGCAAGCUAAUAUUGUGUGUACAUACAAACUUUUAAAGUAAAAAUCUAAUCUAAACUAGGUCCAACCGCAGCAGCUAUUAUACGUAGUUUCUCAAGGCAAAAAUGCCCCGUAGAAGACAGAGAGUGCAUGUGGGGAGCGGCUCUGAUGGGACUGAAGAUUCAGACUCUUCUGCUGAGCGGGAACAGACGAACAGCUCGGAGAGUGAUGGAAACAUACCCAAGAGAACACGCCUCACAAGAGCAUCUCUGCGCCUCAGCCAAAGCUCACAAGACACACUUGAUGUGAAGCAAGACGAGUCUCCACCGUUGACGCCUACAGGCAACGCCCCGUCGUCUGAGUCUGAGCUGGACAUCUCCAGCCCCAAUGCCUCCCACGAUGAGAGCCUGGCCAAAGACCCUGCCCUCAGAGACUCUGACAAGGACCUCUCCCACCGGCCCAAGCGCCGUCGCUGCCACGAGACCUACAAUUUUAACAUGAAGUGUCCCACGCCGGGAUGCAACUCAUUGGGACAUCUAACAGGGAAACAUGAACGUCAUUUUGCGGUAUCAGGAUGCCCACUUUACCACAACCUCUCUGCUGAUGAAUGCAAGGUGAAAGCAACCACUCGUGAGAAACACGAAGAAGAGGCAAAGGUGCAGGAGGAAAGCAACAGACACGCCACACGACACCAGACGCCCACUUCAAGACAGACUAGAUACAAAGAGCAGGUGACUGAGAUGAGGAAAGGGAGGAACUCUGGGUUGUCUAAGGAGCAGAAGGAGAAAUACAUGGAGCAUCGACAGAGCCACGGCAACACUAGAGAACCUCUUCUGGAGAACAUCACAAGUGAAUAUGACCUGGAGCUCUUCAGAAAAGCCCAGGCACGUGCAUCUGAAGAUCUGAAAACACCACAGGAGAGGCUGCGGAUCCAGGGCCAGAUUACGGAGGGCAGCAACAUGAUCAAGACCAUCCUGUUCGGCCGCUACGAGCUGGACACCUGGUACCACUCGCCCUACCCCGAGGAGUACGCCCGCCUGGGACGCCUCUACGUCUGCGAGUUCUGCCUCAAGUACAUGAAGAGCCAGACCAUUCUGAGACGACACAUGGCCAAGUGUGUGUGGAAGCAUCCACCCGGAGAUGAGGUCUACAGGAAGGGAGCCAUCUCUGUCUUUGAAGUGGACGGCAAGAAGAACAAGAUCUACUGCCAGAACCUGUGUCUACUCGCCAAGCUCUUCCUGGAUCACAAGACGCUGUACUACGACGUGGAACCCUUUCUGUUCUACGUUAUGACUGAGGCAGACAACACAGGCUGCCAUCUGGUGGGAUACUUCUCUAAGGAAAAGAACUCUUUCCUCAACUACAACGUCUCUUGCAUCCUGACCAUGCCCCAGUACAUGAGACAGGGCUAUGGGAAGAUGCUGAUUGACUUCAGUUACCUGCUGUCCAAGGUGGAGGAGAAGGUGGGCUCCCCGGAGCGGCCCCUCUCGGACCUGGGCCUCAUCAGCUACCGCAGCUACUGGAAGGAGGUGCUGCUGCGCUACAUGUACAACUUCCAGGGCAAGGAAAUCUCCAUCAAAGAGAUCAGCCAGGAGACAGCCGUGAACCCAGUGGACAUUGUCAGCACCCUGCAGUCCCUGCAGAUGCUCAAGUACUGGAAGGGAAAGCACCUCGUCUUGAAGAGACAGGAUCUGAUCGACGAGUGGAAAUCCAAGGAGACCAAAAGAGGCAGCAACAACAAAACCAUUGACCCCAGUUCGUUAAAAUGGACCCCGCCCAAAGGGACAUAGGCUAAAAUAAACUCUUCUUUCUUCUACCACUCCUGCCAGGACAGGAGUCCUAUCAUCUAUCAAUGCCACAGUGUUCUUUCUUCUAUCCCUCUAUCCACCCUGUAUAGCUGCCCUUUACUAGGUUUUUCUUGUCUGGAGGAACUCUCGUCCCCUGUUUUACAUUUCGACUCGUAUUUAUAUUUUAGAAAUUUGUCGCCAUGUCACCAUUCAAUCAAUUCUUGGCUUAAAUAUUGUUAAACAAUGAAAGUUGGAGAAUUCUAGUUGACGACUUUUGUUUUAAACGAUCCACCUACAUCAAGAUAAGCUACGAAUGUAUUUACACCUUGUCGAAGCCUUGUACCGAAAGCUCAGACUAGUGGAUCACAUAAUGAAUGUUUUGCUUCUUUGUCCUCAUAAAAAAAAAACACAUACUUCUGACCUGCUGCAGCAUUCCUGGCCUUUUAUUCCAUUCAACACAGUGGCAGUUGUUUGCAGAGACAAGUGCUUUUUUGGGGGGGGGAUAGAAUACACAAUAAUCAUCGGCAUGAACUUGGAUACCUUAAAGACAUAGCAUUUUUUCUUUAAAAGUAUGAGAUACUGUUGUUUCUUUUUUUUAUGCGUUGAUAUCAACAUUGUAUAGAUCAUGUAAACAAUCAAAUCUGAAUCUUUUUUAUUAGCUGUAGUCAUACAGGAGUUGGUCCCAUGCCUCUUGUGAAUCUGCCAAGUGAAGAAGUAGAAAUAGUACAGAAUACCGGUUAAAAUGUUUGGUUUGCAUUUAGUCAUCAUAAAUACAGGUUUUACAUGUGUAUUUAACAGUUUCAAAUGUUUUACUGUGCAAACUACAUUACAAAUGUUAAAGUGCUCUCAGGUUUUAACCAUAACAUCAAUGUAGAAGAAAUACCUGGUUGUGUGUGUGAUCCUUCGGCGAUAUCGAUCGCAGUGCUUGUAGCAUCUGGAAUGAUUCUUGUGAACGAUUCUGCAGCGACAAAAAAGCAUUUGUUCAUGGCGCACGACUGGAAUUGUCGGUACCUGUUUUAUUGUUUAGACCUUUUGGUGUUACUUCUCUGUGCUGUGUUUAUGUCAUUCUUUUUUUGUAUUUUUAAUAAAAAUUACCUUGAGAUUUUA